GUGGUCCCAUGUCGUAUAUAUGUGCGCAAAACCAACCAAACAACGGGCAGCACAUUACAGUCCAACUGGAGUUGAAUGUUAUCUUAUAAUAUUCACAGAGAACCCCUGAGCACCAUUCUAUCUUGAUUUAACCAUCUCCAAGUUUUUGCAAGGGUAAGCUUGCCCGCCUGUGGCAUGGAGAUCCAAAUCGUGGAGUAUUCCCGCGCUCUGCAAGUCGCCUGGGACUGCUAAGGCCUUUGGCAUUAACACAAUCCCCUUUAUAUCACACGUAUAUAUCAACAUCCUAGCGCCUACUCACUCCUGAUCGUUACAACUUCCCGCCAGACAGUGUUGCAGAACGUCGUGUUUGCAGAGCCACCAUCUUGUUAAAAAGAAACCAUUGGAGGAGAAGACAAGCGUGGACGUCCUCCGAUGAGGCCUGUUGUCUUUUGAUUCAGAGCAAAUACUUUCGUUUUGGAUUCAAGAGGAUUAUUGCAAGAUACAAGUCGCUGCGUCUUCCCCUUACAUUGAGGAACAGGUGCAGACAAUCUAAAUAUGGCUCUGGUAUGGAGUACCGUAGUCCUGCUGCUUCAUGUGGUCAGCGCGAUUCUUUUCCUUGUUCCUACGUCAUUGACGAGCGGCUUGCGGUACCCAGACAUCAAAGAAGUCCAGCUCAGAAGGGGCCCCAACGCCGGCUGCCGGGUACGAGAAUACCGGGAUCACGAGGUGGUAGUGCCAGGAUGUAGACCUCAGGCCAUACUGGUCAGAGGCUGCUUCGGUCAGUGUCAAUCCUACGAGGUGCCCAUUUUACUACCGCCGCACAAAGUGUCGCAUCACAAGAUGUGCUCGUACGAAGAGGUAAAGUGGCGGACCGUGGAGCUACAGGACUGCGAGCCGGGUGUCAACCGGACCUACUCUUACCCUUACGCGGUAAAGUGCCGAUGUAGACGAUGCGACCCCUCGGACACCUACUGUGCGGGGAUUUAAACAUCAGGCAAAAAUAUUCUGAGGCUUAACAUACUACAGACUACUGUCCGACCGUCCUCAUCUUUACACAUUUUAAAUGUCUGUGUAACUUGUAUGUUUUAUUUUAACUGAAUAUUACUAGUUUUCUUGAUUCUCGGAAUCGGCAACCCUCAAAAGGCUUUUAUUUUGGGUUGAAUUUGCGCACAAGCAAAUCCUCCCUGUUAGUAGACUGGUUGUUACAACAUUAUCGAUUCUGACUUGGGAGCGUAUGACCAGUCUAUCCAGUGAAGAUCUGAUUUGUUGGGCCGCAAAAUGAUUCAAAAAUUGUGAUGUAAAACGUUGGCCAGUUAGUUUGUUUCAUUCAAAAGUGGGUAACCUUGUAUAGCAAGGGGAAAAAUAGCACUUUUAUUAAUUUACACUGUAACUAUUUGUGCAUGAAAUGCAUGUAGCGCAUUGUGUCCUAAUCCUCACAAACAACACGACGCAGAAUAUGACAAGAGUACAAAUGAAUUUGAUUGAAAUACCUUUUAUUUUCCACCUGAACAGGUAUCUUAUCCUCUAAACCUUUGCAGCAUCAUAAAUAUGUCAAAAUAUUAAAGAAAUUGCACAUAUGAAAGACAGUUGCACAGUGGGCUUACAGUAAAAUGUUUCAGUGUUUUAUAAGCACUAUUGGAAAGGAUAAAAAUCACUUCUUUUACAUAAUCACUUUUUACAUCAAUUAGUCUUUAUCUCUUUCAGCCAAGGGUACGAAUCAUGUUUGUCUUGACCAGGCUGUUCAAAAAGGUAUUGUUUUUUUCUGUUAAAAAAAAAAAUUUAAAAGAAGACUUAAACUACCUUACACUCUCAAAACGCUGGUUAAAUUUUUUUCUGGUUAAAAAGGUCGGUUAAAAUUAUAACCAACUUUGUGUUACAUUGUCCAUUUUGCCCAACUGUUGCUUAACAAGUGAACUGCCUAACAGUUGGUUGAAAUAAAAUAACCAACGUUGGGCAAAAUUUACAUAACGUUGGUUAAAGGUUUAAUCACAUUUUUAAACCAAUACAUUUUUAACCAGCGUUUUGAGGGUGUAGGUUGCGAGAAGUUCAACUGUUAAGCAUAUGCGUUAUAGUUUCCUGAAGAGAGUUAAAUGCAAAGAAAGCUUUUGCACACAGUUACAUCUAAUCAUAGAUGAGAAGUACUAUGAACGAAAUUCAGUUGUAAAGUGCAUGCAUGCUUUUGUUUAUAGUUACAAAUCACCGAUUCACAUACUUGUUUUUGCAAAAACUAUUAAAAUGUUGAUUUGAGCUGCUUUGAAAAAAUAUGUUUUUGAGCUGAAAUAUAAUAAUUGUAGAAUAAAAUGUACAAUAACUGUUUGAAUUAAAUUGCAAACACUGUGACAUAUUGUGGUGACUGUAUGAUAAGUAUUUGAAGCAGGAAAUAAAUGUGUAGGCCUACAACAGUUCAUUGCACAAAAUAAAACACGACAGUUGCACUGCCAUUCUCUAACGUAAACGUAAACAAGAGAUGCAA